AUGCGGGUCAGCCGUGGUCGGAGCUGGACAUUCCGCACGGGCAUCAUUGACCCCGAGAAGUAUCCGAAAUUGCUGAUCGAGUUCGAGGUGAGCCAAGUGAAGGAGAUGAUGCCACCCGUGUGCCUUCAAGUGAUGAAGGCCGGCAUGUCGCCCAGCCGUAUCGGCGUCAUCCAGCUUCCCGUGACAGAAGAGCAGUUCCUGACGAAUCCGAACCAGAUGUUCAAGAACCUUUGGCUUCCGCUCGUCAGUGUGAAGGACGGUGAGCUGACGCCCAACAUCACUGGAGAGAUUCAUGUCCUCACCCGGUGGCUGCCGGUAGAGAUGAAGCAGGUGUUCGCUGAUGGACAGGAGAAGAUGCAGCUGUCAGUUCGGUCCAUGUUCCUGAAGGAGAUUUGGAGCAAGGUGUGUCAGCCGAGAGUCCGUGAGCCCAUCUACGGCGUGGAAGCCAUGUACCACUCCUUCACCUACAACCCGAACAUUGUCAGACCUAGGGACAAGGAGGGCGGCGCGAAGAGUCCAGAAACCCUGAAAGAUAACAUGCGAAGACAUGUGGAGGAGCUCUCGAAUGCUGUGCCGUACUUGGAAUGCCUCGAGCGACGGCAGCUGAAUGCCUGGAACAUCUUCCAGGCGGAGCUGCAGGACCGUGGCUAUGAAG